AUGUGGUCACUGGGAAUGGUCUGCCACGAGCUCCAUACCGGGUCUGUACCGUUUUGGAAGACGGCGGAUGAAAUGGAUGAUGAUAAUGACGACGAUGACAUAUCCGAGCUCUUUAGGUCGUCGCUAUCUCUGAAGGACCAGGAACCAAGAUAUGAAACUGCGUACACAUCGGUCAAGACCCCCUUAGACCAGAGUAAAACAGGAUAUGAAAUCGCGCACACAUCGGUCAAGAUCUACUUAGACCAGACCGAAUUUCGGCGCUACUGCAACGGAAGCGCGUUUCCGGACAAGCCUUUGAACAAAAGCGGCGUGUCAGAGGACGCCAAAGAGUUCAUUCUCUCCUUGUUAGAGGUCGAUCCUAUGGAACGUCCGUUUGCGCAGCAGGCACUCAGGCACCGCUGGAUUACCGGAGGUGGAUCGGCUGCUAAUAGCAGUCCUCAGCAAUCACGCUCCUCGUCCCAACGCAAUACGCCCCAACCAACUCGCACCAGUGUUACUUCACCCCCGGUUAACUAUAACAAAGAACAACAACCUCCGAGCCAGGGAGUGAAUGGAUCUUGGAAUCCUCAGCAGAUAUCCUCACCCCACAGUUCCAAUGCCAGUGCAUCUCCUUCCGGAUCAGCUCAGAGAGGGCGCUAUCCUGAUAAUUACCCUCCCCGUUCGUCCUAUAAUCCUAAUGGCUAUGUAUUCUCGAGUCCCAAUCCCAAUGGCUAUCAGUUGCCUGGCUAUCAGUUGCCUGGCCCUAAUACCCAUGGCCAUGUGCCUCCACAGUCGGGGCCCAAUCCCAACGGCUACCAAUCAAUUCAUAACUCCAACCUAUAUCCAUCUUCAGGUCCUAAUUCCGGUGGCUAUCCGCUCUCUAGCCCUGAUUUGAACAUCUACCAGUCAUCCGGCUAUAGCCCUAAUGGAUAUCAAGAUUCAGGCCCUAACACCAAUCGUUUGCAGCCUUCGAAUGGGAUGAUGAGUUACGGUGGGCAGGCCCACCAAAACAUGGGCCCAGGCCCAGGGGAAGGGAAUCCAUAUUUCUCUCAAUCUCCGAUAUAUACCCAGCAGGGAAUGCCGUCCCAACAACCAACUGGCUAUGAAGGUCCCCCGCGCGGGUACGAAGGACCUAUGCACCCGGGUGCGAUGAUAGGCGGUCCUUGCUCUUGUCCAGAGUGCUAUGAGUCAGACUCUAACUCUGAUGAUGACAAUGGAAUGUAUCUUAUGCCUAUGCCGGGGGGUAUGGGACCCCCGGCGAUGGUACCCACGUUAGUGGGUCAGCCACCAUCUAGUGUUAUGACAUACUACUAG